UAAUAAUAAUAUUUUGACACAUAAAAACCCUAAAAAUCUCAGAAACACAAAUUGGAUUAGAGUCAGCCACUGAACUUAACUGCCGGAAAACGCAACCGGAGUUUGCUCGUCGGCCGUCGGAAAAUCGUUCAGGGUAGAAAGAAGCAGAGAAGAAAAUGAAUAAGGAUAAGAUUUUCAAGUUGGCAAAGGGGUUCAGGGGAAGAGCAAAGAAUUGCAUUAGGAUUGCUAGGGAGAGAGUGGAGAAGGCGUUGCAGUAUUCUUACAGGGAUCGCCGGAACAAAAAGAGGGACAUGCGAUCUCUUUGGAUCCAACGGAUUAAUGCUGGCACCCGCAUUCAUGGUGUCAAUUAUGGGAACUUCAUGCAUGGGCUGUUGAAGGAGAAUAUUCAACUUAACAGAAAGGUUUUAUCAGAGAUAUCUAUGCAUGAACCCUAUAGUUUCAAGUCAUUGGUGGACAUAUCACGAAAUGCAUUUCCUGGAAACAAGAAUGUGGUUGUCCCUCCAAGAAAGGUGUCCUUUUAGAGCAAUUGGCACUUCAGCAAACAUUUAGAGGUAGUUUAUGUCAGAAUGGUUAAUGUAUGUUUCAGGAUUACACUACAAAUAAUGAACAGUUAUGUAUGCCUAUGAUUCAUACUCUUGAGUAGUGCUUCUUAACCACAUGAUUUUCCCUCUCUGGUUUUCCUUUAA